GUUUUUCUAAUUCUCUUUCUCGAACUCUGCUCAACUCCUCAACUUCAAGCGCAAGAGAACGGCUCUGGAUUGUCGGCCGAGCACGAAAAAGUAAGAUCAAAGCAUGGCCGCUCCAGAAGCCCCUCUCUGCUAUGUCGGUAUUGCUCGCCAAUCUGCUGCGUUCCGUCUCAUGAAACAAAUGGGAUGGGAAGAAGGAGAGGGGCUGGGGAAAGACAAGCAAGGGAUCAAAGGACAUAUUAGAGUGAAAAACAAACAGGACACUGCUGGUGUUGGCCUAGACAAGCCAAAUCCAUGGGCAUUUGAUACGGCUCAAUUUGAUAGUAUACUUAAAAAAUUGAAAGUGCAAACAUCACAAACUAAUACUGAAGCAGUUGAGGAGGAGGAAGCUCAAGUAGAAACCGAGACUAAUGUUCCUAAUGAUGCCGAGGAUCAAGUUGUUAAGGCUACAAGAGCACGAGGAAGAUAUAAGAAGAGAGAGCGAGGGAAGCUUGUCCAUGGAUAUUCUUCAAAGGAUCUUGAAGGAAUUCUUGUCAAAAAGGUUGAGGAGCAGCCACAGAUUGAUCCCAUUUCAGAUGAUGUGUUGGAAUCUAUAGAGGGAUCUGAUAAUCAAGAUUUUUGUACUGAAGGAAACAAAAUUGAAGAAUUAUCACCAGACUGGUGGGGCUUUAAGUAUGGGUUUGUAUCUGGAGGUUUUCUUGGGGCAAGCUCUACUAGAAGGAAAUCCCUUAAAACGGGAGAUGCUCAAAAGAGUAAUGAAAGGACUUCAUUUUGUGAAGAUGACCAGGAGAAUCUCUACAAACUUGUUCAAGACAAAUCCACCACUGGUAAGCAAGGACUGGGCAUUAAGGACCGGCCAAAGAAAAUAGCUGGUGUUCGCUUUCAGGGGAAAAAAACAUCCUUUGACAAUAGUGAUGAUGAGGAGUCUGCUGAGGAACCAUCCACUGAUUUUGGUUCAACAGCAAAACGAAAACGUGAUGACUUAUCAGAAAUGGAAAAGAUUGAUGAAACCAAAAUGAAGUUGAAAAAGUUGUGUAAAAAGCUUCUUCAACAGGCACCUGGAGAGUCAUUAAAGCUGAGAGAGCUUAAAGUUCUUAUUGAUGAACAUUCCACAUCAUUCUUAUCCAGCUUCUCAUCAAAGAGAGAUGCUCUUGCUUACAUUAGACAAAAGUUAGAUGGUAGUUCGAAGUUCUCUGUGGAGGGAAAGCGAGUUAGUCUCAUUUCAAGGAGAGGCUAAAAAGUUUUGAUAGAUUUCUGACUUCGGAGAUCCUGUAAACGGUCUGUAAAUUGCUGCUGAGAUGGAUUAGCGGUGCUUCUAUAUGUUAUUAUGCAAUUAUUGGUUUUGUUAUGGUAACUUGCCGGUAACUUCUAUUUUGUAUUUUUAAAUUUAUUUCUCAUUUUAUUUUUUGAUCAAACAUUUCAGUAGUGCCAAUGGUUGUAUUAGAUUUGAAUCAUAUAAAAUGGUGGCUAAGAUUUUGUCACCUAAGCGUAAGAUUAAUAGACAGUGAACUUUUACUGAGAAAA